AAACACCAACGUAUUCACACAGGCGAGAAGCCUUACUUCUGCUCUGACUGUGGGAAAAAUUUCUCCCGAUUGGAUACCUUAAAAACACAUGAACGUAUACAUACAGGAGAGAAGCUUUACUCCUGCUCUCAUUGUGGCAAAUGCUUCACAACAUCAACUGAGCUAAAAGUUCAUCAGAGAACACACACAGGAGAGAAGCCUUACUCCUGCUCUGACUGUGGGGUGAGUUUCUCGCGACUGGGCCACUUAAAAACUCAUGAAAGUAUACACACAGGAGAGAAGCCUUACUACUGCUCUGACUGUGUGAAAUUCUUCACAACAUCCACUGAGCUAAAAGUUCAUCAGAGAACACACACAGGGGAGAAGCCUUACUCCUGCUCUGACUGCGGGGCGAGUUUCUCGCAACUGGGCAACUUAAAAACACAUGAACGUAUACAUACAGGAGAGAAGCCUUAUUACUGCUCUGACUGUAGAAAAUGUUUUAAAACAUCAACUGGGCUAAAAGUUCAUCAGAGAACACACACAGGAGAGAAGCCUUACACCUGCUCUCACUGUGGUGUGAGUUUCUCUCGAUUGGGACACUUAAAAACACAUGAACGUAUACAUACAAGAGAGAAGCCUUAAACAUGCUCUUGACUGUGGGGCGAGUUUCUCUCGACUGGACAACUUAAAAACCCAUAAAAGUAUACACACAGGAGAGAAGCCUUAUUACUAGAGCUGUGGCGGCCAUGACGUUUUGUCAGCCGGUGAUUGUGAUAUAAAUAGUUACCGGUCUCAUGGUAAUUGACCGGUAAUUAACCUAAACAUGUUUAGCAUAUCUUGGCUUCCACAUAUAGCCUACAAGCCACUGAUGUGGACCUUUUGAAACAUCUACAUUGUAAAAAGUACAAUAAAUCCAUUUAAUAUAAUACACCUUCACAAUAAAUCCAUUAUUUAUUUUAUACAGGUCUAAAAGAAACAUGAUAUAAAGAAAAUGUAGCCUAUUUCAGAAGAACAAAAUAGCAUAUUCUGAGUUGUCCUUACAGUAUGUUAGGUCCUGAUCUGGCUUGGCCAUAUGGCUGUGGGCAACACUAGUUCCUUUAGCACACAAUUGAGCAUAGCUGAAAUGAAAAAAAUAUUCCCCAAAGAAUUUCAGAGGAAGUGUGCACUAUUCUGUGUUAACAGGUCCUCCUAUAUGCUUACUUUAGAUUUAUUUUUACAACUUUAGUUGGGAUCUAAACUUAUGUUUAGAUUUUUAAGACAUUCUAAGGCUACAUGGUGCAACUCUAAUGAUGAUUUGAAAAAAAGUUGGAUGAAAGGCCUGCGUUCUUCUCUGUUUCUUACACAGGCUGCACACACUUCAUCAGUCUCUCAUUCACAAUUUGACUUGAUCAUGUUCUCAACCAUCAGACUGUUCAUCAUUUAAUCUCGUCUUUACAUACAGCCUAUUAAUAUAUAUGUGUAGAAUUAUUUUUCAAUAAAAAAAACGUCAUCCGUAGCAUGCAGUCGAUUAGCGAAUGAAGGUUACGACGCGUCCAUAAGGUUAGAGGAAGCUAAAAGUUAAUUGAAAUAAAUUGACAAAAUUGUAUAGCCUAAUUAGCCUACUCCUGUCUAUGUAGAAAGGAAGACAAUCCUUCCAAAUAGGCUACUGAAGUAUGAUUUGUCCUCAGAGGAUCAUUAACCUUCUUUAAAAUAUAAAUAAAUUGUAUAUAAAUUGCAUUGUAUUUAAAUUGCAUUGUCUACAGUCAGAAGGAAAGGCAGGAAAGUGCUCAAUUUGGGCAGAUUAUUGAUGAGUUGAGACUGUCUGACAAGUAGAGAGGCCAAGCCAGACAUUUCACAAUAUUUUCAAAAUACAAUCGCGAGGAAAACAUACACUACAUGAUCAAAAGUAUGUGGACAUGUGCUCAUUGAGCAUCUCAUU